AGUCGUGACUUGGACCCCAACCGACUCGAUUGAACUGAGCAGAAGAGUAAGAAGCGGAAAUCAAGUAAGUCAUUUUGAACCUUUCUUUUGUGUUUGGGUGUUUACAAUUGGAUUUUUUUUCAUCAGAAUGUCUGCAUUAAUUGGGAGCAUUGAUCAUUAUGUCCGUGGCUCAAGCUUUGCCAGCUAUAUGAAGCGUAUAAAUAUACUAUAUCAGUUGAACAACGUUGUAGAUAACAACAAGAAAAAUCUUUUCUUAGCGCUGAGUGGGUCGGUUAUUUUUGAUGAGAUAGAACUUAUUUACCCGGGGAUAGAGAUUGCGGAUAUCGACUAUGCUGAUAUGAUUAGUAAGCUAAAAGAAAGGCUGGACAAAGUGCAACCUAACAUGAUGCAUAGGCAUAAAUUUCAUGCGAGGGUACAGGGAAUCGAUGAGCCUGCUGAAAACUAUGUUUUGGCCUUAAAGUUAUUAGCUAGUCAUUGUGGUUUCGGUGCACAUAAGGACGAAGCAAUCAAAGAUAAAAUAGUUUUCGGAUUGAGAGAUCAGGACCUGAAACAUAAGCUGUUGAUGAAAGAUGAUAUGACACUAGAAGAGGUUGAGCAGAUGGUUAUUCGGACUGAGUUAGCUAAGUGCCGCGCUAAAGAAUUAGAGGAACGAGAUGAAAAUCCGAGGGAGGUUAACUCGGUAAAGUAUCGCUUAGGAAAUCGGUCGAGUUUCAAUGAUAUGGGUAGAGAUGAUAGGCAAGGUUCAGGCAAUUAUGGUAGGCGUUUUAGGGCCAGAAGUAGAAGCUCGAGUAGAGACCGUGAGCGAACGCGAUAUAAUCAGAACCGCUAUGACAAUUACAAUCGGCAGCGCGAUGAAUACCAAUCGGGAACUAGCUAUUCGGAUGGGCGUGGAAAUAUGGACAGAAACCCUCAUCAAAACGUGAUUUGCAACUUUUGCAAAUUAAGAGGUCAUGUAAAGCGUAAUUGUUAUAAACUGAAAAAUCGUAAAAACGUAAAUUUUGUAGAAGAGGCACCGGUAGAGAUAAACAGCUACGAUUUCAAGCGACUGCAGAUAAGAAAUUCAGAAGAUGAAGAUGAUGAUUAUCCCUGUAUGAUGAUUGCAAGCAACCGUUUCAGCGAUCCGUGUAUUGUGAAAGUGUCAGUAGAAGGAGUUGAUCUUGAAAUGGAAAUAGAUUGUGGUGCAGCAGUGACGGUUAUCAGUUUGGCGGUAUAUAGAACACAUUUUAGUCAUAUCAUUGCCUCUAAAUGCAGCAGUCGCUUGGUGGUGGUAAACGGGCAGCAAUUAACAAUUUUCGGGGAGAUUUCUGUCAAUGUGAAGGCUAAUCAUACUCAGCAACAAGUCACUUUAAUUAUAUUGGAUUCUCCAAGGCGUUUCGUCCCGUUAUUCGGCAGAAAUUGGAUAGAUGUAUUCUACCCUAACUGGAGGAGAACUUUUGGAGACUCCGCGCAAAUCAACGCUAUGAGUAAGGAUGCUGACAAUAGUCCAAAAAUCGACAGGGGAUUUGAAGCGGAUCUUGUCCUGAGGGAAGAUAGACCAAUAUUUAGGAAGGCCUACGACGUGCCUUUCAAAUUAAGGGAAAAGGUUGUUGACCACCUGGAAUCACUUGAAAAGCAGAACAUAAUUACACCGAUCCAGGUUAGUGAUUGGGCGUCUCCGGUUGUUAUUGUUCCUAAGAAAGAUAAUGAUAUAAGAAUGGUCAUCGAUUGCAAAGUCUCCAUAAACAAGCAAAUUAUACCAAAUACUUAUCCGCUGCCACUAGCACAAGACAUAUUUGCAUCUUUAGCUGGUUGCAAAUGGUUUUGUUGCCUUGAUUUAGCGGGGGCAUACACCCAGCUUAAACUUUCUGAAAGAUCAAAGCAAUUCGUUGUGAUAAAUACCAUAAAAGGACUUUAUACCUAUAACCGUUUACCGCAGGGUGCAUCCUCUAGCGCCUCCAUAUUCCAGAAGGUAAUGGACCAAAUUCUAUUAGGAUUAAAACAUAUACGCUGCUAUUUAGAUGAUGUGCUGAUAGCGGGAGAGACUUUAGAGGAAUGUUUAUCAAACUUGUAUCUAGUACUUGAACGAUUGCAAAAAGCUAAUUUGAAAGUUAAUUUUAAGAAAUGCAAGUUUUUUGUAAAUUCUCUUAUUUAUCUCGGACAUCUGGUCACGGAUAAAGGGCUUCUACCAUCACCAGAGAAAUUAUUGACAAUUGAAAAAGCCAAAGUUCCCACGGACACUACUGAGCUCAAAGCAUUUUUAGGUUUGAUAAAUUUUUACGGAAAAUUUGUACCUCAUUUGUCUGCCAAAUUGAGUUGCUUGUAUGCAUUGUUACGGAAAGACACAAAAUUUGUAUGGAACGAAAAAUGCCAGCAAACCUUUGAAGAGAGCAAACAGGCUUUGAUAACUGCAAAUUUUCUUGAGUUUUAUGAUCCAGCGAAACCCAUCAUUGUGGUAUCUGAUGCAUGUAGCUAUGGGUUGGGAGGAGUCAUUGCUCACAUGGUUGAUGGCAACGAGAAGCCUAUAAGCUUCACAUCAUUUUCUUUAAAUUCCGCACAAAAAACCUACCCAAUUUUACAUUUAGAGGCACUGGCGCUAGUAUGCACAGUAAAAAAAUUCCACAAGUUUCUUUUCGGGCAGAAGUUUACGGUUUAUACAGACCACAAGCCGCUUUUGGGUAUUUUUGGGAAAAAUGGAAAUCAUUCGCUAUGUGUAACAAGAUUACAAAGAUAUGUAAUGGAAAUGUCCAUUUACGAGUUUGAUAUCUGCUACAGACCUUCUGCCAAAAUGGGAAACGCAGAUUUCUGCUCAAGGUUUCCCUUGAAUCAAGAUGUUCCUACAAAGCUCGACAGCGGUUGCAUCAAAAGCAUAAACUACUUCGGUGAUUUUCCGUUGGACUAUUCACUAAUUGCAAGACAAACCAAAAUGGAUAAUUUUCUUUCAAAAGUCGCAGAUCACAUUGAGAACGGCUGGCCUAAAAAAGUGCAUAAUGAGUGGCGUCAGAUAUUCUCAUUACGUUACGAUUUAGAGAUUGUGGAAGGUUGUGUGAUGUACCAGGAUCGAGUGUUCAUACCUAUUUCUCUUAAAAAUGAUAUUCUAAGAUUACUCCACUCUAACCACAACGGCGUUGUUAAAAUGAAACAAAUUGCUCGAAGAUCUUUGUACUGGUUCGAUUUAAAUAAGGACAUAGAACAGUUUGUAAAACAUUGCGAGCCAUGCAUAAAAAUGUCAGUGGUUCCUAAACCGAUUUGUAGUACUUCAUGGAUUCCGACAAACCGUCCGUUUAGUCGUAUUCACGCUGAUUUCUUUUUUCUUGAAUCAAAGACUUAUUUAUUAGUUGUAGAUAGUUAUACAAAGUGGCUUGAAGUGGAGUUAAUGAAAUAUGGAACAGACGCUAGCAAAGUGAUUAAAAAGUUCUCUGCUAUUUUCUCUAGAUUUGGACUACCUGACGUUCUAGUAACGGAUGGAGGGCCACCAUUCAAUUCUAGUCAUUUUGUUAAGUUUAUGGAGCGUCAGGGGAUAAAAGUUAUGAAAAGUCCUCCGUACAACCCUAGUAGCAACGGACAAGCGGAGAGAAUGGUUAGGCUAGUGAAAGAUGUUUUAAAGAAAUUUCUUUUAGACCCGUUGACAAAAUCACUUGAUGAUGAUGAUAGAUUAACAUAUUUCUUAGCAAACUAUAGAAAUACUUGUUCGGCAUCAGAUGAUAGAUUUCCGUCAGAAAAGCUAUUGAGCUACAAACCAAAGACUCUGGUUGAUCUUUUACAUCCCAGACGAAGAUAUAACGAUUGUUUAGUUUCAAAAGAUUCAUCUUCUUUAGGUCCACCUAAAGAAGAGAAGACUUUACCCAAUGAUAAUAGUAAAAGGAAAUAUGAUAGUCUUCCACCUCAGGAUCCAUUUCUCAAUCUAUCGCUAGGGGAUAAGAUUUGGUAUAAGAAUAAUGACAAACAUGCAAUUGAGAAAUGGGUAGAGGUAAAAUACGUCAAAAGAGUAUCGCCUAAUGUGUUUGAAAUCUCUUUUGGCAGGCACAAUUGCAACGCGCAUAGGAAUCAACUUAAGAUUGUGGAUAAGCGACAAUCCAGAUCGACGAUCCGGCUGCCGAUACAAAGACAGAAACGAAGGAGAGAAUCAAUCGAAACUGAAGAAGAUUUCCUCGGUUUCGAAGAUGAAACGAACGCAGCUGAAAGUGACCUUGCCAGGAAACAAAAGUUUAUUAGAACCAGUCCUAUCAGAACGCGAAGUGUUUCGCGAUCGAAAAAGCGGAAAGAUGAUUAAGAAAAUUGAAAUGUUUGAAAGACCCAGAAGCAAUGUACACAUCAAUGAAUUGAGUCCUGGGAUAUGUAUUAAACAAACGGAAAGGAAAAUGGUAAAAUUUAAGAUGCUAUUAGUAUCUGAUCGGAAAUAACUAUAUUGUCUAAGUUAAUUGUUUUAUUAAUUUUGAAUUUGUUGAAAAAGCUUAUCAAAAGAUACAUACAAUGUCAAAUAUGUGUUGAUCUAAAGUUGUAACAAAUACAAUCUGAAGCAUGUAAUAAUUUGAACUCGAGCACGAUAGUCUUCAUUUUUUUUGCUAAUCAUUUGUAGUUUAAUGUAAGUACUUAAGGGAAAAGGAUUGUUAUAUUCGGGUGAAUAGCCAGAACCCCUUCAGAGAGAGUUAUGUAAAAACGAUAAGUGAGAGAGAAAACGAAAAGUUAUCGGGUUGAUCCAAUAAACGCAGGCCGAAGUCGGUCUCUUGUCUUUUGAAAGCCAAACCUAGUGGACGUGUUUUUUAUUCUUAAAACUUUUGAAAAACCCCAAGUUGAACACAUCAGUAGCAAGUAAACAAACCGAUUAUUCCAUGCACCAUCCAAAAAGUGUAACCGACGCUUAAAAUUUCUAGCAGCGAAACGAACCAAUGUAUGCUUAAACUGGUGGGAACAUAUUGUGGUGUGACAAAAAAUUUCUGCAGGGGGUCGAAUACGGUGCAAAAAAAGCAAUAAAUUGCACUGAAAAAGUUUUCACAAUGUUUCCAUCAGAUUUUCACAUGAACUGUUUUCAUAUGCGUGUCCAUUGAAUUAUAUGGGAAUAUCACAUAGAUUUUGCAAAGUUAUGUAAUUUUUCAAUACAAACUAUGAGAUUUCCUAAUGUGUUCCAUAUACCGUAUUGAUUUCAUGUGAUAUUUCCGAAGAAAUUUUCAUCGAAAAAUCCAAUAACAGUUAUAUAGCCAAACUAAUGGAAAUUUUCCAUCGGAUU